UCCUAGCCAACAUUUAAACAAUGAAAAAUAUAAUGUAAGUUAUCCCGCGGGCUUGGCUUAUUGUUAUGUCUCAUGCAAGAUGGCCGGCAGGUAUGUUUGUUGAUGCCUUUCCCUGGAGCUGCACACCGCGUUACUGUAGCAACAGCACUGUGGCUUGGUUCCAGUGCUUCUCUGAGGCAUAUGUCUAGAGUCUGUGUACGAUGAAUAUGUCUACUUCAUGCUAUUAUGCAAAGUGGCUUUCAUUCUAAAUGCUAUGAAUGUUUUCAAAGAAAAAGCAGGCUGUAUUUGGUUAUUGCAGCAUCUGAAGCCUCUGUAUCAUCCACAUCAAAGCAAGCAGUCAUUACUUAUAGUUCUGCUUCAUCGCGUGAGAUUGAUAAUUGCCCUGUACUGCAUAGGGCUGUCGUUUUUAUUUAUAUGAAUUAUAGCCACUGCAAUGACUGAACCUGAGUUUUACAGAUUUAUGUGUGGUGAUAUUUCCCCCUUGUGGGUGAAAGUGGAACUGAACACAGUACUAUGACAACAAAAUGUUUGCCUUAACCCUUUCUCUCUUCGUUCAAGAAACAGUUUGAUGCUCUUUAAGUUCUCAACUGUAUUAAUAACUCUUCUUUGUAACAGGAUAUGAAAGUUCUAGUGCAUUAAAUUUUAAGGCAUUACAUUCCAAUGCAUAGACAGAAAAAUAAUACCCGUUUUCAUCUUUAAUAAUUCACCUGCCAUAUGUUGUGUGAAUGGCCUCCUCCUACUCUUACCUGGUGGCCUCUGACCCUUUGACCUGUGUCACUCUGUCCUGUUCACUCUUAUCUCUGAGGACCCCCGAGUGAGGCUGCCCUUCACUUUGCCUGUUUGAGAUCCCUGAUGAGCUCCCGUACUGUAUUCAGUGACGUAGAGGAGGAGGAGGAGGAGGACAGUAACGGUAGUUCAGCAUUCUGCCUGCAGGUGGAGCACGCUGGGAUCCGUACCUACUACUUCAGCUCUGAUGGUCAGGAGGAGCAGGAGGCCUGGCUGAAGGUUAUGAGUGAGGCAGCACGCAUAACCAUCACACCAGCACAGAGGAACAACAUGGAGAACAUCCCACCAGCAGGACUGAACAACGCCACAGCCGGCAGGAGAGCAGAAGCACAUCCACGGGGAGAGGGAGACGGGCGGGGGACAGAGCUCAGGGAGGGCCAGAGGGGCGUCAGCAAGGCGGAGCAGGACCCCCCUGUGUCGCCCCCGGCCCCGGACAGGGAUGAGCGGGGUGGGGAGAGGGGCAGGGACAGAGGCCCACCUCCCCAGCCCAACGGAUGGGGUGGCUAUGGUGUCUACCAGCCCCAGGAGUCCAGGGACCAGUGGGAGGCCCGGGUUCAGCGCGAAAACGCGUACCUGCACAGGGGGUUCGCCCCCGCACCCCGCCCGGCCCCUGACAGGCUCACUCAGCGGCAGAACUCCAUGACCCAGCUCCAGCAGUGGGUCAACCAGCGCCGGGCCGUGGCCCCACAGGACGACCUGCAUAGCCCCUCUCAGUACUACGCAGUGGACCGGGGGGUCCCCUCAGACUGCUAUGGCGUUUACGGGGGUCCCCACUUCGUGGAGGAGUACGCCCUGUACCCGCCGGGAGGCAUGCGGCCCGACAGCAUCUGCUCGGUGUCGGGCGGGUUCGAGCGCGUGCCCCCCCACUGGACCACGCCGGAGAUGAAGCGGCGGUCUCUGCGGGACGGGCCCGUGUACCCGCGCGUGUCUCAGUGGGGCCCCCCGUCACACCCCCAGCACCCCGCGGGGUACUACGGCCAGCUGGCCCAGGCCCAGAGAGGCAUGCACCGGCUCUCCAUGCAGCCCCGCUCCCGCUCCGUGCCCCGCUCCCCCUCCUCGUCCUCCCCACAGGGACCCUACUCCCCCAUGCGCUCCCCCAGCACGCGCUUCGAACGCGACCGCGACGACCUGAUCUACACCGACCCCUCCGUCUACGGCAUCAGGAGGUCCGUCAGCUCGCCCAAGUAUGACUUUCAUAGAGAUAGCCAUUCUAUGACCACAGGACUGUACCAUUAUAACUACCCUGGCUCCCUCCAUGACAACAUGGAGGACAUGACACACCUGCAGCUCCAGAGAAACCUGGACUACCUGGAGCAACAGCAGGUGGCACCAUUCCAUGAUGUCUACACAGACCUUCCCACUGCGUUGGGCGAAAUAGAUAUCGAUAGCCUCCUGGGUCGCCUCUGUGAGCAGAACCGUCUCCUGAAGGAGCAGGAGGUUCUGGUCCAGCGGCUGCGUGUUGAGAAGGACAGCCUGGAGUCGGGUCUGGUGGCCACCCACCAGGAGCUGGAGGUGUACCGUGGGCAGCCGGCACUGGCCGACAAGCUCCGUCUGAAGAAGGAGACCCUACAGAACCAGCUCAUCAACAUACGGGGGGAGCUCUCUCAGGCAUCCAGCGCCCUGACUACCACGAGGAUGGAGUUUGAAGUGCUGGAGGACGAGGUGAACACCAUCCAUGGAGACCUCUGGGAGCAGCUGAACGCUGGUGGCCAGAACGAGGUGGUACACAGACACUUCCAGAAGGAGUUCUGGAAAAUUCAGGAUGUGCUUGAGGGCCUACACAAGAACAACCCAUCCCGUGGCACUGACACAGCCACCCACAGAGUGGCCAGCUUGGCUUCAGGCUCCUUCAGCACGAACAGUCCUGCCAGCCCCCUAAGCUCCACCAGCCUCACCAGUCCUCUCAGCCCCUUCUCGCCCGUGUCUGGGUCCCACGACUCGCCCCCCAAACAGCCAGGCAUGGAGGAUAUCAGUCCCCCACGGCCCCCACUUCCCAAAUCCUACCUUCCGCUCGAGUCCCCUCCCCCCUUCCCUCUGUCCACCUCUCACUUGAGCUUGGACAGGAGCUCCUGGCUCUGUCGAAUGGAGGAAGACUAUGAGGAAGAGGAAGAGGCCCGUCGCAGACAGUAUAAAUAUGCUGUCCACUCUGACACCUCGUCAGGGGGCAGAACCAACAGCAGUGACCAGCAGAAGAUAGAGGAUGACAGGCAUGCCAGCACUAAUAAAGUUGGCAUUGUUCCUCCCAGAACAAAGUCUCCUACAGAAGAGGAGAAAAAAUCCAUCCCACCUGCACAGCAAGUGGACAGUGCACUGGCCAAUGGACACAUUUCCCGGGGCCGCCCAAAGAGUGCUGUGUUCCCGGCGGAGGUGAAGUCCAAGAUGAGCGUGGAGGAGCAGAACGCCAGGAUCCGCCGGAACCAGAGCAACUCGGUGCGGGACAAGAGGCGGAGCCUCAACGCGUCCGGCAGCCAGCAGGGCGACGCCUUCAGGCCCAGCUACAGGGUGGUGCGUCGGAGGGUGACGACCCAUGAGGUAGACAUCAAAGGCCUGGAGGAGGCGGUGCGGGGGCAGGGCAUGGAGUCUCCGCGGGAGGAGAUCGCCCGUCUGCGGAGGCUGCAGAUCGAACCCGAGCACUCCAAACCUGAUGUGAAGAAGGAGCUGCCAGUCACUGAUAAGGUUCUGAUCCAGGAGAGGUAUGUGGAGGAGGAACCAGAUACACCACUCAGUCCAGAGGAGGUUCUGGAGAAGCAGAAAAAAGUGGAGAGAAUCAAGACCCUGAUUGCCAAAUCAAAUCUGCAGAAUGUGGUGCCCCUGCUGGACGGUCCUGCGGAGCAGCAGGGGGACCAGGAUCAGCAGCUGCAGGAACAGGAGAAGAGGAUCGAGAUCUCCUGUGCACUGGCUGCUGAGGCCUCCCGCCGCAGCCGCCUGCUGUCAGCUCAGUCCGCCCCCGUGACCAACCCGACCCCUCCCCCUUCUGCUGAACUCUCUGACUCCUCCCACUUCAUCAAGGUCUGACUCGGAUUGGCCCAGGCUCUUGCUGCGGUCAAAUUUAACGGAGCAACCUUCUGAGCACUUGCUGAAGAAACAAGGAAAUAAAGAUAUAAAAAAUGUUUUUCCUUUUCCCCCAUAAAGUAUAUUUUUCCAUUCAGUUAUUUUUGCAACUGUGAAAGAGGAUAUAUUUAGCAAGAAAUUAAAAACCAAAUAAAAAAAGCAGAGAUUCUUUUCAGAAUGCAGCUUUGUCCUGCCGAAAUUCAUAACAGAUAUCCAGCACUGUGGAUGUCGGAGGAAUGGAAGUGCCAGCCUCCGGACAGCAGGGGGAGCCAUUUCUGUUGCCCCUCGGUCAGAAAGCACAGUUUAGACCCCUCUUACUGUUGAGUUACUGCAGCCGUGGUGCCCAACUGCUUGGAGAAGGAAAGAAAAUCUUUGCUUCAAGAAAGAAGAUAAAGUAUUUUUUUCAAAAAGCCCAAAACUAGAGGUGGACAGGCUCACCACAGCCAGCUUUUAUUCAGCAGGGAGCGGCACUGACAAAGUGUGGAGUCCUGGCUGGAGUCUCAACUGCCUGAGGUUACAGAGGGAAAUUUUUUGUGGCUUUUUGGGUUGCCUAGCAGAACUGAUCAGAACUCUGAACUAAAGCCCAACUUUGUGAGACAGGCAUUCUUCCCUCAGUGGCCUUGGGUUUGUGUCUGGAACUGUGAAAGUGUUUUAAUGGAAAAUAUAUAAGUGGACUGGGCCAGCAUCCUGAGUUUUCUCUGACCCUGGGACCUGCAUUUCAGCAGCAGAAGCCAGAGGCUGGUACAGAUUCUCAAACAUCUGCAUGACCUCUCACUUCCUGCACUGGCCCCUCCCCUCAUGACCAAAUAAAGAGUAUUCUUCCUGUGGACAGUUGAUAGUCUCAAUGGUGUCUGUUAGCCAUCACAAUCUUAAUUGUGUUAUCCUGGUUUAGAUUUUGUACUGUUAAAAAAAACAAAAAAAACAAACCAGGCUAAUAACUGCCAAGACCUUGAAAAUGUUAGGAUAUUUCCCUCUCAGUCGUUUCCACUGUUAGGACCAUAACUGUGUGACAGUAACAGAUCUCCAUCGUCUCUGUAACGACCAAGCCUAUUACUGUUUGUGCUGUUCCCGGUUUACUUUCAGCAAGAAAAACUUGUUUUCUCACAAUUUGGAAUGACUUCAUUAAAUGUUUUACCCCAGGUGAUUAGCUUGCAAUGCUAUUGUGUUACUCAGUGUGCAUAAAGUGCAAGUAAACUAUAAUUUGUUCUAUGCUAUGAUAUAACAGGGAGUUAAAAUCAAUUAAAAGAACUGCACUUCACAGUGCUGUACCUGAUGGUUAUGAUUGGCGUGGGUAUACAGUACAGUUCUGUCAUACCAGGAGAUGCACAUGAGUGGGACCCAGCACAAAUGUGGUUAUUACACAACACAUAGUAACUGAACAUAUUUCACAUGAAUUAUGCCUUGCAGUGCUGUCUUGAUGUUCUAGAUGUGGUUCUUAUUGUUAAUAUUAUUUGAGCAAAUGCAGAAGUAUGCUACAGAAAUACAGAAACAUGCUAAAUGGC